CCAAAAGUAGUAGCGAGAGGAAGUGUGAGAAUAAAAUCCGUCUUCAUCGACCUCCCAGCUGUACUUUCACAGUCUAUAUUUCUCAAAUUAGAUAUAUAAACUUCUCAUUUGUGCUUUACCACCAUGAGUGGCAUGUAUGACCAUGAUGAUGAUGCAGGUUAUGGAGAGGAUGAGGGUGAGGACAUUACGCCAGAUUUAUGGCAAGAAGCUUGCUGGAUCGUUAUUAGUUCGUAUUUCGACGAGAAAGGUCUUGUCAGGCAACAGUUGGACUCGUUCGACGAGUUUAUUCAAAUGUCAGUGCAGAGAAUCGUGGAAGAUUCACCAGAAAUAGAUCUCCAGGCUGAGUCCCAGCAUAUGACAGCAGACACAGAGAUCCCUGCAAAAUAUGUGUUAAAGUUUGAACAAAUCUACCUGUCCAAGCCUACUCAUUGGGAAAAAGAUGGCGCACCAAGUGCCAUGAUGCCAAAUGAAGCCAGGCUUCGAAAUCUAACGUAUUCGGCACCAUUUUACGUAGACAUCACAAAAACAAGAAUCAAAGAGAAUGAAGAGCCACAGACAGUUACCCACAGCAAAAUGUUCAUCGGCAAAAUCCCUAUCAUGCUUAGAUCAACAUACUGUCUCUUAAGUAACCUCAAUGAUCGUGAUUUAACAGAAUUAAAUGAGUGCCCAUUAGACCCUGGUGGCUACUUUAUCAUUAACGGCUCUGAGAAAGUCUUAAUUGCUCAAGAGAAAAUGGCUACUAACACUGUCUACGUCUUCUCGAAAAAGGAUUCCAAGUAUUCCUACACUGCCGAGAUUCGUUCAUGUCUUGAACAUUCAUCAAGACCAACAAGCUCCAUGUGGGUUUCUAUGCUUGCUAAAGGAAGCCAAAGUGGUCGUCGUAGUGCUAUAGGGCAAAGGAUUGUGGGUUCAUUGCCGUAUAUAAGGCAGGAGAUUCCUAUAAUGAUUAUAUUCAGAGCGCUUGGGUUUGUUGCCGAUAGAGAUAUCUUGGAGCAUAUUAUUUAUGAUUUUGAAGACCAGGAGAUGAUGGAAAUGGUUAAACCAUCUUUGGAUGAAGCCUUUGUAAUCCAGGAACAGAAUGUUGCAUUGAACUUCAUUGGAUCCCGUGGAGCAAGACCUGGUGUGACUAAAGAAAAGAGAAUUAAGUAUGCCAAAGAAAUCCUACAGAAGGAAAUGUUACCCCAUGUUGGAGUCAGUGAUUUCUGCGAGACUAAGAAAGCUUACUUCUUGGGGUACAUGGUACACAGACUUUUAUUGGCAGCCUUAGGGAGAAGGGAAUUGGAUGACCGUGAUCACUAUGGUAACAAACGUUUGGAUCUGGCAGGACCAUUACUAGCGUUCUUGUUUAGAGGGUUGUUUAGAAAUCUUAUGAAAGAAGUACGGAUGUAUGCACAGAAGUUUAUAGACAGAGGAAAGGAUUUCAACAUUGAACUUGCACUCAAACCCAAGGUCAUCACUGAUGGACUUCGGUACUCCCUGGCUACAGGGAACUGGGGUGACCAGAAAAAAGCCCACUCCUCAAGAGCAGGUGUCUCCCAGGUAUUAAACAGACUAACAUUUGCCUCUACGCUAUCUCAUCUACGACGUCUUAACUCUCCCAUUGGGCGAGAAGGAAAACUAGCAAAGCCUCGACAACUGCACAACACGCAUUGGGGUAUGAUAUGUCCAGCCGAGACACCAGAGGGGCAUGCUGUAGGACUUGUGAAGAACUUAGCCCUUAUGGCUUACAUUUCUGUGGGUUCACAACCUAGUCCUAUUUUAGAGUUUAUGGAGGAAUGGACAAUGGAAAACCUUGAAGAGAUUACACCAUCAGCCAUCAACAAUGCUACAAAGAUUUUUGUGAAUGGUUGCUGGGUUGGUAUCCAUCGUGACCCUGAUCAGUUAAUGAGUACACUGAGAAAGUUAAGGAGACGUAUGGACAUCAUUGUAUCUGAGGUCUCCAUGGUACGGGACUUUAGAGAAAGAGAAAUAAGAAUCUACUCUGAUGCUGGUCGUAUUUGCCGUCCUCUGCUGAUUGUAGAGAAUCAGAAGUUACUAUUGAAAAAGAAUCAUAUUGAUAUGUUAAAGGAAAGAGAAUAUAAUGAUUAUAGCUGGCAAGAACUUGUUGCUGGUGGCAUUGUAGAAUACAUUGACGUCAAUGAAGAAGAGACUGUCAUGGUUGCCAUGACACCAGAUGAACUUGUAGAAAAAGGCCAGGCBUACUGUUCAACAUACACCCACUGUGAAAUCCAUCCAUCAAUGAUUCUUGGUGUCUGUGCGUCCAUCAUUCCUUUUCCUGAUCACAAUCAGAGAUCCUAUCGUGAUCAAGAGUCCAAAAGAGGUCUAGACCAAGAGGAGACUUUUGAGAAACCAACAAGGGAUCAAGUGACAGGAAUGCGCAAUGCAGUUUAUGACAARCUUGAUGAUGAUGGUCUAGUUGCACCAGGAACUCGAGUUAGCGGUGAUGAUGUCAUUGUUGGAAAGACAACGACUCUACCUGACAAUGAUGAUGAGUUGGAAGGUUCGACAAAAAGAUAUUCAAAGAAAGAUUCAAGUACUUUCUUGCGUCCUAGUGAAACUGGAAUAGUUGACCAGGUUAUGGUCACAAUCAACCAAGAAGGUUACAAGUUUACAAAGAUUAAGGUGCGUUCUGUUAGAGUCCCACAAAUUGGAGACAAGUUUGCCAGUCGUCAUGGUCAAAAAGGAACAUGUGGAAUUACAUACAGACAAGAGGACAUGCCGUUCACUUGUGAAGGCUUAUCACCUGAUGUCAUCAUUAAUCCCCAUGCUAUUCCUAGUCGUAUGACUAUUGGUCACUUGAUUGAAUGUCUCCAGGGCAAGGUAUCAGCGAACAAGGGCGAAAUAGGUGACGCUACACCUUUUAACGAUGCUGUCAACGUACAGAAAAUAUCCCAGCUACUUAACGACUAUGGUUAUCAUCUUAGAGGGAACGAGGUAUUGUAUAGCGGAUUUUCUGGACGUAAACUCAACACUCAGGUUUUCCUUGGGCCGACGUAUUACCAACGACUUAAGCACAUGGUUGACGACAAGAUCCACUCUCGUGCUCGUGGUCCAUUACAGAUCCUUACCAGACAGCCUAUGGAAGGACGAUCACGUGAUGGUGGUCUUCGGUUCGGUGAGAUGGAACGUGAUUGUAUGAUUGCUCAUGGUGCCGCACAGUUUCUCAAUGAGCGUCUGUUCGAAGUGUCUGAUCCAUACAGUUGUCAUGUUUGUAAUCUUUGUGGAUUAAUCGCCAUCGCUAAUCUACGUAACAACACUUUUGAAUGUCGUGGAUGCAAGAACAAGACUCAGAUUUCAAGAAUUCGAAUGCCGUAUGCAGCCAAGCUACUGUUCCAGGAGCUGAUGUCCAUGAGCAUCGCCCCUCGAAUGAUGGUAUGCGAUCCCGUCAAGUAGACUGAUCGCAUAUUAUAUCGUAUAAGCUCGGAUAGACAUCGAGUACUCGACUGCACGACGAUUCAACCACGAACUUACGACGACCUCGUCACGAAUUCACGAACUUCAUUGUCGUCCCUUGAAGAUGGUAUGCGAUCCCAUUAUGUUAACAGAUCGCAUAUCAUCGGACAAACUCGGAUAGACUUCGGGUACGACKGAAGCACGAACUAGCAACGAUAACAUCACGAGUUUGAUACGAUUUCAUGUCGAGUUUCCGAUGUAGAUAAGUAUUUAUUUUCAUCGACUUCGUAAGCAUUCAUCUCUUGUGAAAAACGAGGUAUGCUUACGAGUUAAUAUUUUUUCGUGUACAAAGCUGAUUGUAGGGUAUAGAUUUCUAAUUAAACAAGCUAAUAAACUUA